CAGUGUGCAAAAGCCACCGGGUUGCCGCCGCUAGAUUGGCUCGAAGACCCCUCUCCUUCUCGGGCUGACCACCGUACCCGCCCCCUUUGCCCCCUCCGCUCUGCAGCUUUGUCCAUCCCAUGAUCCGCUCUUUGUGCGGCAGUAAGGAGGAGGAGACGGUAUCUGUGCUACUGUUCGCUCCUGGAUGGGGAGGAGCCAGUUGUGGAUCGUGUACGCUGCAUAAGAGAAAGAGGCGCUGCAUAGAGGGGGAAAAAAAGGCCUUCAAUCCAAGCAACAUCAGGAACAGGGAAAAGGACUGUUGAUGCUCCAAAGAAGACCUCAGCUCGAGGUGGUGGACAGUUGAGGGCUAAUUUUAACCAUGUGAAUUUCAGUUCAGGAGGAAGCAGAGGAGGAAACAUAAACCACAUGAUCAGCCCUCUGAAACAGCACCAAAUUAGCGAUGUCCCCCUCAGGCAGGGAUUGCCUCCUCUUCAGCAUCUCGUUCUCCAUCUCUCCCACUCCUCUUCGCUCAAAUAGCAAAAUAGCUGUCCAGCUCCAAGACUGUGAUCCGUGAGAGCUCUCACUACUCAUCCGCCCACACGCAGAUUAAACAUCCCGCUGCCGCAUUCACAUCCCGCAUCCUGCUCAUGGUUGUAGGUCUGCCAUCCUCGGCCGCUGCUGCUCCCGCUCCCGCUCAAGGCCCGAAACAUGAAGAGGCCCAAGCAACAGACUGGGCCUUUGAGCUUCCUCAACUUUUUCAGCCGCAAGCCAAAAUCGGAGCCGAAGCCUGAGAGGUCUGUGGAGCCCCGGCCGAGAGAAGAGGUGCCUAUAACUCUGACUCCGAGCACGCAUCCAGAGCAGGACAUCAGCCUCACAGCAGUAGAUGCUGGAAAAUCAGGAGCUUCUGGAGCAGAGGGAGCAGAAGAAUCAAGUUUGCCAACUGCAGCAGAGGUGGGAAAGACCAUCACCGCCACAGAGGCUUGUGAGGGCGGGGCCAGCAGCGGCUCCACUGGCGUCCUUUCCCUGUCCUCGUCCAGCCAGGAGCAGCUGCUGGAUGAACACCUGGAGGAGUGUCCGCUGUGCCUGCUCAGCCAGCCGCGCUUCAACUUCCCGCGCCUCAGCUCCUGUUCGCAUCGGGCGUGCUCCGACUGCCUUCGCCAGUACCUGCGUAUCGAGAUAUCAGAGAGCAGGGUGAGCAUCGCGUGCCCGCAGUGCCCUGAAGCGCUGGCACCACUGGAUGUCCGCGCCAUCCUGGAUGACCGGGCACUGCUGGAGAGAUUUGAGGAGUUCCAGUUGAGGCGUUUUUUGGCCGCUGACCCAGAUACACGCUGGUGCCCGGCACCUGACUGCAGUUAUGCGGUCAUAGCUUACGGCUGUGCAGAGUGUCCCAAGCUGAGCUGCGGCCGUGAGGGAUGCGACACAGAGUUCUGCUACCACUGUCGACAGCUGUGGCACCCCAACCAGACGUGCGACCAGGCGCGGCGUCAGCGUGCCCGCCACGCUUCAGGUGGAAAUGAUGCCUCUGCAAUGUAUGUCUUCAACGAAGAAACUGGAGGAGAUGCAGAGGAGAUAAAGGCAUGUCCUCGCUGUGGCGCCUACAUCAUGAAGACUAAUGAUGGCAGCUGUAACCGCAUGAACUGCACUGUGUGUGCCUGUCAGUUCUGCUGGCUGUGUAUGCAGGAGAUCACUGAUGUGCACUACCUCAGUCCCUCAGGAUGUACAUUUUGGGGGAAGAAGCCAUGGUCUCAAACUCGAAAAGUACUGUGGCAGGUGGGCAUGUUGCUCGGAGCACCUGUGGUCAUCUCCCUUAUAGCAGGCAUUGCCAUCCCAGUCAUCAUAGUGGGUAUACCAAUCUACAUGGGCCGUAAGGUCCAUGGUCGUUGCAAGAAAAACAAUAUCUCAGGAAGUAAGCACUACUUAACUGUGGCAAGUGGGGUGAUGAUGUCUGUGUUUGUGUCGCCGGUCAUAGCAGCUGUCACAGUGGGUAUGGGAGUGCCGCUAAUGCUGACGUACGUCUACGGGGUUGUUCCCAUGUCGCUCUUUAGAAACGGCUGGUGUCGACCCCAGAGUGACCCUCCUGAAACUAACAAGAUACAGCUGGAAGACUUAGCAAGCUAUCUUCUAUUCUCUCAUGUAGUCACUGAUCACUGGACGGGCCAGAACAACCCAGCCCUCAGUGACACCAGUGUCCAGGAAGUCAGAGUCAGUGUACAGGAAGUGGGCGUCCUACCAAGUACGAGCACUGUACCCCCAGACUUAGAUAGAUAUGUGGGGGUGGAUGAAGCCACAAAACGCCAUGGAUACACCCAGCAGGACAGCCAGUCUGACUGUGAGGUUGCAAGUGUGCCUGACAGCAGACUAUAUGAAACACAAUUGCCUACUUUUAGGGAAGGAACAAAUAUUGAAGUGUGCGUAGAAAUUGAAACCCAUCCAAGAGGAGGCCGACAGUCCAGCUUAAGUAGCAUGCUGUCAAGCCGAAGCCUGUCGGCUGAGUCUGUGGGACACUCCCAAGAUUAUCCUUGUGCCUCAGGACUGGACGAAAGACGGGAAGCAGCAGGACUCGGAGAGGACCUUCACAGACGAGAAAAACUUGGAAGGAAAGCACGAGGAAUCGAAGAGACAUCCUUCCAAGUUAUUGAAGCAGUUGACGUAUGAGGUCCCUCACAUGGCGAUUUAAGAAGGUUUAAUGAAAAUUGACAAAUCUGUGAACUGAACUAUGUUUGGAUGAACUAAGAAUCCACAGCCAGGGUCAUCUCCUGCUUUUUAAAGCCGUCCCUCCCACCAGAUGCCUUCACGCUCCACCCCCUGAGGAAUUUGCGGGUUUAAACAGAGCAAAUUUAAAAGAUGAAUGUGUUCAAGUUUAUAUAAGCAUGAGACUGUGACAUAGAAAGUAGUGCUACGAACUAUAAAGAAGACAAGGAACGCAUGACAGCUGACUAGUUCAGAGUUCAGACUGUUUUUCUUUUUUAUCCUUACUGAAACAAACUACCUUUCAUUCACUAUUUUAAAAUCUUUUCUUAAAGUCCUCACUUUAUUUGGCUGUUCACUUUUAGACCUUACCUCACUACUUCCUCACCCUUUACGACUAAUUAUACCACAAAUGGCAUGAUUUGUUUUGUGAGAGGGGAGAAUCCAACAGCUAUCGUCUCAGAAAUCAAAUUUAUAUGUUUGACAAGCCAUGUUGCAAGAAAAGAAGAACUUUUUUCUAUCUGAUUAAGUCCUCAGUUGCAGUUAAGACUCGGCUCACAGAUGAAAUGGACGGCCUGUAACAGAUGCAUGCUGCAAUUAUUGAAACACUCUUUGUGCUUACAGUUCAUUAUUGGAAUCAGACAUGUUCUGUGGUGAUAAUGCAGAACACAGGAUGUCAUAAAAACCAGAACUCACAACUCUAACACAUAUCCACCGUCUUCCAGAGAAGCAGCAGAGCACAUCGACAUUUUGCAUUCUUUCAGUGCCGCGGUAAGCCUUUGAGAAGUUCAAGCUUUAGAAGACAGAGAGAGAGAGAUGUGUUUGUAGUCUUUAAAAAUGCUCACUUUAAUGCAAAGCCACACAGAAGAAACACCACAGUCUUAACCUUUUGCAGUUUUGUGGCUGUAGAAGCGGCAGCAUUUCCUCAAUAACCUACACAGAUUCUCUGAUGGCACCAGUUAGCAUAGCUGCAGUAGUGCGCUACCGAAAACAAUAUACUCCAGUCACCCUCUGAGGUCACCAGAAUUACAACAGCAGCAUGUCGAAACUGGAACCAUCCCCUCCAGAUGAUUUGUGAGGACUACCUGACUUACAUGCACUGCUUAACUUCCAGGGUGUGAAAUAAUUCUGAACGUGGUCUUGACAUGAAAGCCUCUUCUGGGUUGUCGACAGAAACUGAAUAAAGAUCUCACCUUGAAGGAUAAA